AUGAACGGUUAUGCGGUCCGUAAAGGUCAAGUUAUUAAAAAUAAGAAUGAAGAUGUUAUUCAACAAACAUUUAUUUGUAACCUUGAAGGAUUUAGGCAAGACAGAGUAUAUCAACGCAAGCAUGGUCCGAAGCACGAAACACAUUGUGGAUGUGGAGCAAAACUUCGGGUGCAUAUUGAUAUAAUUUCACAUCUUUGGUAUGUCAUAGUUUUUACCUUUAAGCACAAUCAUGAAAUGUUAAAGGAGAAGCACUGCAUGGUUUUGGCAGCUAAUAGGAAGCUUAGUAAGUCAGAUAAAAUACAAAUUAAGGAUUUGGGGAAUGCUGGAAUCAAAGUAACUCAGAUGAUUGGUACAUUUGUAAAUGCUACCGAGGGGUAUGAUAAGGUAGGAUUUUUGAAGAAAGACGUACAUAAUCAAAUGUCAAGACAAGUUCCAAGACAAAUAUCAUCUUUGAAUAGUCACAGGAUAUCCUCAUAUCAUCCUGUCAUCUUGUAA